AUGUCCAUCACACACAUUGUUCUGUUCCAGUUCAAAUCUGGCAUAGACGCUAAAGUCGUCAAGGAUACAUGCGAUCGUAUGAUUGGCUUGAAAGAAAAUUGCAUUCACCCGACAUCUAACAAGCCAUACAUCAAGGCUUCCUCGGGUGGCCUGGAUAAUUCGAUCGAAGGGAUUCAAAAUGGUAUCACGCAUGCUUUUGUUGUUGAAUUUGCCAGCGCAGAGGACCGAGACUACUAUGUCAAGGAAGACCCAACGCACAAAGCGUUUGUUAAAAGCCUCGAUGGGGUGAUUGAGAAGGCACAGGUUAUUGAUUUCACAGACGGCGUGUUUCAGCGCAGCUAG